AUGGUCCCCCAGACACUAACCUACCUGCUCUCCGCAGCAAUUGCAGCCACCGCGCUCCCAAACGCCCACAAUGCCACCGCCCAUCCCACAGUAACUCUGCACCCGACAAGCCCCCACACCCCCAAGACCGUCUUCGUCGGCCGCGCCCUCCCAGAGUUCAACCAGGACCUCUUCCUCGGCAUCAAGUACGCCGACAAGCCCGCGCGCUUCACCCCGUCCGCGGUGAAAUCCGUCUACGCCGCCAACGACUCCAAUGCCGGGCCGUAUACCGGCCGCGUGCCGGGCGUCGGCCACUCCGCCGUGCUGUACGACGCCACGGCGUACGGGAACGAGUGCCCGGGGUACGGGUCCGACGAGACCAAGCUCGUCAACUCGGGCACGAUCCGCCUGGACGAGGACUGUCUCAAUCUGAACGUCAUUCGGCCGCGGACCGAUGACGGCGCGCUGCUGCCCGUGAUGCUGUGGAUUUUUGGGGGAGGGUGGCAGCAGGGCGCGACGGCGGAUCCCAGGUAUAACAUGAGCUACGUGGUGCGCCAGGGCGAGCUGAGCGGCAACCCGGUGCUCGGCGUUUCGAUCAACUACCGCGUUGCGGCGUUUGGGUUCCUCGAUUCGGAGGAGGUGCGGGCCGCCGGGGUGAAUAACCUGGGCCUGCGCGAUCAGCGCGUCGCCAUGCGCUGGGUAAAGGACAAUAUCAGGGCGUUUGGUGGCGACCCGGACAAGGUCACGAUCUGGGGCGAGUCCGCCGGCGCAUACAGCGUGGGCGCGCAUCUCGUCGCCAACGGCGGCGACCACGAGGGUCUCUUUCGCGCUGGUACCUCUCCCUUCUCCAGAUGCACGUUCCUAUACUCACUCAUCAGCGAUCAUGGAAUCCGGCAACGCCGUGGGACCCCCGUGGAACGGCACAGACUGGCACCAGCCAAUGUACGACCGCAUCGUCAACAAGACAGGGUACUCCCACUAUUCCCCUCAUAUGAGACGCAAACUCACCCCCGCAGCUGCACCUCGUCAGCAAACACUCUCGAGUGUCUCCGUAACACCCCGUACGAGCUCUUCUACGCCUCCGCCAACGAAGGCCUAGAAUGGUUCGGCGCCAUCGACGGCGCCUUCAUCCGCGAAUACCCCCAGAUCAGCAUGACAGCCGGCCGCAUCGCCGCCGUCCCGAUCCUCCUAGGCUCCAACACCGACGAGGGCACCAGCCUCGGCACGACCGGUACCAACACCGACGAGGAAUGCAUCGCGCAGCUCAUCUGUACCCUCCCUUCAUCCCACCCGUCCUCCGCAGCACUAACACACCGCAGCAUCGAAACGCUGGGUGCUCACCCGCGCCCAGGCCACCAAGCUCCUCAGCUACUACCCCAACGACCCGGCGGCCGGCUGCCCCUACGGCUGGGGCAACGUCACCUGGCCGAGUCUUGGGGCCAUGUACAAACGCUACGCGUCGAUGGCCGGCGAUCUGACCAUGGCCGCGCCGCGGCGGCUGCUGGCAGAGACGAUGGCGCGCCAGCGGCAGCGGGUGUAUUCGUACCGGUGGGACGUGGCGGCGCUGAACACCUCGAGUACGAUUGGGGUCGGGCAUUUUGCCGAGAUCCCGUUUGUGUUUGCGAAUCCGGUGCAGGAUAUUACCCCGCUGGGCGACGAUCCGGAGCGGCUGGCGCUGGGCGAGAUGGCGGCGCAGAUGUGGACGUCGUUUGUGGUGCAUUUAGAUCCGAAUCGGCAUGCUGUAUCGCGGAUCCCGACGUGGCCGGCGUAUGCGGCGCGGCCGGCGAAUCUGGUGUUUCGGCUGCCGCGGAAUGCGAGCUAUGUGGAGGAGGAUACGGAUCGGGCGGAGGGCAUGGCGUAUAUCAACAGUCUGGCGCGGUAGGUUGGUUGGUGGGGGUGGGCUACAGGACUAGACUACGAGCUACGACGGAAGCAAAAGACAGCGUGCGUUCAAUUGAGAGGCUUAUCCUGUCCAAACUUGAUCUCGUCCGUAUCCGUCUAGUUGAUCUUGAGCAGCUGCACCUCACUAGGAUAGUCGUCAGCACUGCACAACCAAGUGUAUAUAGUAGACAUGUCGAGAAUUUGACUUACAAGAUGAGAGUCGCGUUGCCGGGGAUGACGCCGCCGAUGCCACGGGCACCGUAG